AUGGAUGUAGUGUGUGGACACUGUAGUGUGUGGACAUUCCCUUUACCCAAAAGUCACUGUAGUGUGUGGACAUUCCCUUUACCCAAAGCCACUGUAGUGUGUGGACAUUCCCUUUACCCAAAAGCCACUGUAGUGUGUGGACAUUCCCUUUACCCAAAAGUCACUGUAGUGUGUGGACAUUCCCUUUACCCAAAAGUCCACUGUAGUGUGUGGACAUUCCCUUUACCCAAAAGUCACUGUAGUGUGUGGACAUUCCCUUUACCCAAAAGUCACUGUAGUGUGUGGACAUUCCCUUUACCCAAAAGUCACUGUAGUGUGUGGACAUUCCCUUUACCCAAAAGUCACUGUAGUGUGUGGACAUUCCCUUUACCCAAAAGUCACUGUAGUGUGUGGACAUUCCCUUUACCCAAAAGUCACUGUAGUGUGUGGACAUUCCCUUUACCCAAAAGCCACUGUAGUGUGUGGACAUUCCCUUUACCCAAAAGCCACUGUAGUGUGUGGACAUUCCCUUUACCCAAAAGCCACUGUAGUGUGUGGACAUUCCCUUUACCCAAAAGCCACUGUAGUGUGUGGACAUUCCCUUUACCCAAAAGUCACUGUAGUGUGUGGACAUUCCCUUUACCCAAAAGUCACUGUAGUGUGUGGACAUUCCCUUUACCCAAAAGUCACUGUAGUGUGUGGACAUUCCCUUUACCCAAAAGUCACUGUAGUGUGUGGACAUUCCCUUUACCCAAAAGUCACUGUAGUGUGUGGACAUUCCCUUUACCCAAAAGUCACUGUAGUGUGUGGACAUUCCCUUUACCCAAAAGUCACUGUAGUGUGUGGACAUUCCCUUUACCCAAAAGUCACUGUAUUGUGUGGACAUUCCCUUUACCCAAAAGUCACUGUAGUGUGUGGACAUUCCCUUUACCCAAAAGUCAUUGUAGUGUGUGGACAUUCCCUUUACCCAAAAGUCCGGAUUGGGUUUUUCUACCAAAAUACACUUAAACAUUCUGAAGCAUCUUCUUUCUCUAAGUAUAACCAUGUUCUGGACCAACUACACGAACUAAACAACAGGGGAAAUGUAGGACCAUAUCUAAAGGUAAUACACACUGUUUUCAUAUUGCUAGUGAAUAUGGAAAACCCCUGUUUGUAUGAUUUAAAAGAAAGACUGUAGCCAUGGAUUUGAUUGUGAGAGAAAACAGAUUUUUGUAGGAGGCAGCAUAAGAAAUGGAAAAACCUUCACUGUGGAAGAAGAUAGUUCUGAAGCCCAACCCUUCUGUUCUGUAAUAGCCUGCUGCUUUCUCAAGGUGUCUGUCUGAUGGUUGACAGUGUGUGUCCCUCCCAUUUGGGACAAAGCCACUGUGUGAUGACUGAGAUGACACCUCCCCAACACUACAGCUGGACUAUAUGUCCAUGUCCACUGUUACUGUUCUGUUUGCUCUACUUAACCAGCUCUGAAACCUCUCUGUUCAGUGUCACUUCACCCCAAACUUAGUCCAUGUCCACUGUUACUGUUCUCUCUGCUCUACUUAACCAGCUCUGAAACCUUUCUGUUCAGUGUCACUUUGCCCCAAACUUAGUCCAUGUCCACUGUUACUGUUCUCUCUGCUCUACUUAAUCAGCUCUGUAACCUCUCUGUUCAGUGUCACUUCACCCCAAACUUAGUCCAUGUCCACUGUUACUGUUCUCUCUGCUCUACUUAACCAGCUCUGAAACCUCUCUGUUCAGUGUCACUUCACCCCAAACUUAGUCCAUGUCCACUGUUACUGUUCUGUUUGCUCUACUUAACCAGCUCUGAAACCUCUCUGUUCAGUGUCACUUCACCCCAAACUUAGUCCAUGUCCACUGUUACUGUUCUCUCUGCUCUACUUAACCAGCUCUGAAACCUUUCUGUUCAGUGUCACUUUGCCCCAAACUUAGUCCAUGUCCACUGUUACUGUUCUCUCUGCUCUACUUAAUCAGCUCUGUAACCUCUCUGUUCAGUGUCACUUCACCCCAAACUUAGUCCAUGUCCACUGUUACUGUUCUCUCUGCUCUACUUAACCAGCUCUGAAACCUCUCUGUUCAGUGUCACUUCACCCCAAACUUAGUCCAUGUCCACUGUUACUGUUCUCUCUGCUCUACUUAACCAGCUCUGAAACCUCUCUGUUCAGUGUCACUUCACCCCAAACUUAGUCCAUGUCCACUGUUACUGUUCUCUCUGCUCUACUUAAUCAGCUCUGAAACCUCUCUGUUCAGUGUCACUUCACCCCAAACUUAGUCCAUGUCCACUGUUACUGUUCUCUCUGCUCUACUUAACCAGCUCUGAAACCUCUCUGUUCAGUGUCACUUCACCCCAAACUUAGUCCAUGUCCACUGUUACUGUUCUCUCUGCUCUACUUAAUCAGCUCUGUAACCUCUCUGUUCAGUGUCACUUCACCCCAAACUUAGUCCAUGUCCACUGUUACUGUUCUCUCUGCUCUACUUAACCAGCUCUGAAACCUCUCUGUUUGUUCAGUGUCACUUCACCCCAAACUUAGUCCAUGUCCACUGUUACUGUUCUCUCUGCUCUACUUAAUCAGCUCUGUAACCUCUCUGUUCAGUGUCACUUCACCCCAAACUUAGUCCAUGUCCACUGUUACUGUUCUCUCUGCUCUACUUAACCAGCUCUGAAACCUCUCUGUUCAGUGUCACUUCACCCCAAACUUAGUCCAUGUCCACUGUUACUGUUCUCUCUGCUCUACUUAACCAGCUCUGUAACCUCUCUGUUCAGUGUCACUUCACCCCAAACUUAGUCCAUGUCCACUGUUACUGUUCUCUCUGCUCUACUUAAUCAGCUCUGAAACCUCUCUGUUCAGUGUCACUUCACCCCAAACUUAGUCGAUGGAAACUGGCUGUACAUACUUCAUCACCUCCUUUUUGUAUUGUAUUUAUUUUCUGGAACAUAAUCUAUAUAAAAUGUGUUUUAUUGAUGUUGUAAAUGAAUAUAUUCAUACGUACUGUAUAUUGCGUAAAUAAAUGAAAAGCAAAUACUGA